AUAAACGUGGAAAACUGCUGACGGCAACGGAUGACUGUCCUCUUUGUCAAUUUAUAGCGAACGCACCUUCUCCCCAGGACCUCCUCUCUUGCAUCAGCACUUACAUGCUGAAGACCCUGUUUUUCUUCGAGCUGGAGUUGGACGCGCGCGUGGAGCACUGGAGUGUGGCGUCCGUCAGCAGACACGUGCUGCGGAUCCUGGACGCGCUGGAACAGGCGCUGCGCUACCGCAACCUGCGCAGCUACUUCUUCCCCGGCCACAACGUGAUGCUUCGCAAGGAGUCGGCGCCGGAGGACUACGGUGUGGACGCCGCCAUCUUGGAGAGGUUUCUGCGCUCGUUGCACGCGACUAGCCUUCGCGACGAGCCGGCCCCCGGGAUGCCAGAGCGACGCUGGGUGCGCGCCCACCGGCGCAAGGUGCGCCAGGAGGAGCGGCUGAUAGCAGCCUGGCUGCAGCUGCUGCACCAGCAGCAGCAGCACCAGCCGCCCGGACAGUUCAGCCCCCAGCAGAUCAGCUACCUGGACGAACUGCUGCAGACGGUGGCGCGGUCUGGUGGCCGGCCGGUGACGCUGACGGACGCCGGUGCUGGCGAUGGUGACGUGAACCUGGUGAGAGGCCUCUGGCCUCUGGAAACUUCGGGCUGCGGGCAGAGACGGGAUAUACUGAAGGACCGGCGGUAGAAGGCGGCGCCGUUGUAAUCAGAG